AUGGCCACGGCCGCCACUGUCUCGCCUGUCGAGUCUCUAGGGGAGAGACUGGGCCAAAUGAAGGAGGAUGUUAAAUUGGCAAAGGAUUCAAGGACGGCCGAUUUGAUCUUUGGGUCUGUGGCAGGCUUCACUGGUAAAAUUGUGGAAUUCCCAUUUGAUACAGUCAAGGUUCGUUUGCAAACGCAACCACUACCGGAGCCUGGAACGGCACCACGCUUUCGAGGUGCCAUAGACUGCUUCAUAAAGACUGUCAGAUCAGAAGGUGUUUUGGGUUUGUACAAGGGCUUGUCGCCACCUCUGGUUGGAUCUAUGGUCGAGAACUCGGUUCUCUUCUUCUCAUACAAUCAUAUUCAAAACCUCAUACGCACUCAUACAUCAUCCAAUCCCAACGAAGCUCUGUCAGUCCAACAACUCGCAUUGGCCGGUUUCCUAUCCGGAGGGGUAGUGUCCUUCAUCCUCACUCCUAUAGAGCUCGUUAAAUGUAAACUACAAGUACAGGACGUCAACCGGCUAUAUAAUAAUAAUAAUAAUACCAAUAAUAGUAAUACUAGUAAUGUGACUACCAAGCCAUCUAUACCAUCACCAACAACAUCACAUCCAACACCAAAAGCACGUCCACCACGAAUACCAUUCUCGGGACACCCUUCCGAACCACCGCCGCCACCUGUCACUACUACCACAGCAACAACCAAAACUCCACUUGUUUAUAGAGGACCUAUACACGUAAUUUCGCAUACAAUCAAAACGCAUGGGGUUGCUGGACUCUACCAAGGCCAGUUUGGAACCUUUUUGAGAGAGGCUGGAGGUGGUGCUGCAUGGUUUGGUGUGUAUGAACUUGUUUGUCGAUGGAUUGUAGACAGGGAUGUCAAGCUGAAUGGGAAGGAGGACCUGAGUCCUAUUCAGUUGAUGGGAGCUGGUGCUCUCGCUGGCAUGUCAUACAACGCAGCCCUCUUCCCAGCAGACGUAAUCAAAUCCCGCCAGCAAACUGCAGAAGAACUGGGCCUGAGUUCAUCAUCCACCAAGAUUGGACGAGACGGCAAACCGAAACGACCAUCAUUCUUCCAGGUUGGACGAGACUUGUACCGCGGUGAAGGUAUCAGGGGAUUCUAUAGAGGGUGUACCAUUACUGUCGCGAGAUCUGCACCUACUUCUGCUGUCAUCUUCUUGACUUAUGAGAUGCUGUCUAGGAACUUUACCUUUUAA